AUGCAGAUCAGCUUCAGUGGCCUCAGGGCCUUGGUGACUGGGGCAGGGAAAGGGAUUGGAAGGGAUACAGUGAAGGCGCUACAAGGCUCUGGGGCCCAGGUGGUGGCUGUGAGCAGGACCAACGAGGACCUGGUUAGCCUUUCCAAGGAGUGUCCAGGAAUAGAGCCUGUCUGUGUGGACCUGGGCGACUGGGAGGCCACUGAACGGGCGCUGGGAAACAUAGGUCCGGUAGACCUGUUGGUGAACAAUGCAGCUGUCCUUCUGGUCGAGCCCUUUUUGGAGGUCUCCAAGGAGGCUUUUGACAGGACCAUCAAUGUGAAUCUUCGAUCAGUGUUCCAGGUGUCCCAGAUAGUUGCCAGAGGGAUGAUUGCUCGUGGGGCCCCAGGAUCCAUCGUCAAUAUCUCCAGCAUGGUCUCUCGAACCGCUAUUGCCAAUUUGGCCAGCUACAGUUCCACCAAAGGUGCAAUGGACAUGUUGACCAAGGUAAUGGCCCUGGAGCUUGGGCCACACAAGAUCCGGGUAAAUACAGUGAAUCCCACAGUGGUCUACACUCCCAUGGGGAGAAAAGUCUCUGCUAAUCCAGAAUUAAUUCAGGCCCUAAAGCAACGAACUCCCCUAAAGAAGUUUGCAGAGGUGGAAGACGUGGUUUACAGUAUCCUCUUUCUACUGAGUGACAAGAGCGCCAUGACCAGCGGCUCAGGCAUCCUGGUUGAUGGCGGGUAUCUGGCCUCUUAG